GUUUUAUUGUUAAGUAUUUAAACUUUCAUUGCUAUUCUUGGGUUCAGAUGCCGCCGAAGUGUGUUACCAGUUUGUAUCGAGAUGCAGAUAUCUUGCAACGCCAUAUAAUCCAUUAACAUAAAAGACUAUCGCCGUACAUACGAUAAUGAAAAUUAUUGCAUGCUUACUGAUAUGUUUGAAUUGUUUUCAACCGACCACCUUGGUUACUAUAGUGACCGCUGAGCUCGAAAGACACGUAGUGCAGACCUCGCCUUGCUCUGUGACGUCAGUCAACAAUGACGUCACGGUAGACUGCACCAGUCGAGGCAUCCAACAGAUAAAUCCGUCAUGGUUCCCGACGAACGCGACGAAAAUUUUCCUGGACAACAACAGGCUAACAGCAGUUGAAGAUUUCACUUUUGAGGAAGUUCCACGUCUGCUGGUCUUAAGUCUAGCAUCCAACAGCAUCACAACACUUAAGGUCAACGCCUUUAACGGACUUGAGAAUCUGCAAGUUCUAAAUUUAGAAUCCAACAGAAUUGAUAUAUCAAAUGGAGACUCGUUUCCCAAGCUGGUUCUUCAUGGUUUGAAAAAUUUGUCAGAGCUUAGACUAAAACAGGGCUUACAAAUAACAAGCGGAGAAUAUCCGGUGAAGUAUUUUACUUGUCAAGAUUCAUUGACAACCCUGUCUAUUGACACUGUCAGUGUCAAUUUAGAGUUUGGUUCUGAGUUUUUAAGUUUCACACGUUUGACAAAGUUAGAUAUUUCCGGAUCUGUGAGAAGCAUUACGAAUUCAAGUUUUGAGAAUUUCCACAAUUUGACAGAAUUAUACUUGGGUAGCUUUGAUGACAUUACAUCAAUCGAUAUCGCUGUCUUUAAGCCACUAGAGAAUCUGGAUGUGCUGCACAUUGAAGAUGUUCCUUAUGGAGUCAGGAAGAUCUUAAAUCUUCUUUGGCCUUUCAGAGGACGUAAUAUGACUUCGAUACUACUGAAACUAAUACCAUACAGCAUCAACAUCGCCGACGGCAGCCUGCUCAGAAACGACAGCUUCUUGUACGCUGUAACUACUCGACACUUGACAAGUAUUUGUCUGCAGAACUUCUCGUUCAUCAACAAUCAAAUUUACGUUUUUCUUGACGGUGCACUCUAUAGCAGUGUUUGGGAUUCUUGUCUGAGAGAAAUAAAUCUGUCUAAAAAUCCUGUAACCGGGACAGUAAUGGGUCUGUAUAAAAUAGUUACUUUAAAAAAUUUACAAUUUUUUACAUUUGAGGAUAUUUUUCGUGCAAAAUCCGAAGAAAAAUUUGACUGGAGGAAAUAUUUUGAAUUAUCUGAACGAUCGGACUCUAAUGUUUCUUCAAUAGCCGACUUAUCAACAAUAGCAAGGCCAACAGGGUUAUUGAUUUUUGUACUUACGUCAGUCCGGAUGCUUAACUGUAGACGUCUUAUCGCCUCCACCACACUUAACCUCAGGAUUACGGUAAUGAAAGGAGAACAACUAGAACUUGUAGACAUAUCAGACAGCGGAUUUAAUAGUUUCUUUGUACCGAUACUUGGGUUAACAGGGUUACGGUUCUUAGAUAUGUCAAGUAAUUUAAUUUAUGUGUUUAGUGAGGACUGGUUCGACUACGUGCCAAAGUUGGAAACUUUAGUGCUGUUUAACUGCGAGCUUGAUGGUAGUUUUAUGGCCAAGAAAUCUGGGAGGUUGUUCUCUAGGCUAAAUUCUCUUCUGAGGCUGGACUUGUCCUCCAAUUCAUUAACAAUACUGGCAGAAGAUCUGUUCGCCAACAAUACCCGGAUACAGAUGGUUCGACUAGCAGACAAUCGCUUCAGUUCCGUACCGUUUCAAUUAAAAUUCACACCAAAACUAACUUUUUUAGACCUCACUAAAAACGCCAUAACCACCAUUGAUAAAGAAACACGACUUUCGCUUGAUAAUUUAGCUCUAGGGAAAGAAGGAUUUCAGCUUUUUCUUGAUGGGAAUAUUCUAUCCUGUGGCUGCGAGAGUCUCUCAUUUCUCCAUUGGUUGAUGAACACUCACGUGAUAUUCGACAAGGAUGGUGUGUUUUCUUGCAUGGAUCAAAAUGGCGUCUUGACCAACACAAGCGCGUAUAGAAAUCUCGACGCACUGUGGAGAAAAUGUUGGGGGGAAGUUUUCUUGUAUUAUUCUUUGGUUCUUUUUUGCCUGAUUAUAAUUGGACUUUUAUCAACUUUUGUAAUUAGCAAAAAACUGACUUACAUUUCCCAUUACAUAAUUCAAAUGUUUGGGGGAUUCAAGUAUCAAGCAGCAGCCGACUAUAACAUUGGUGUCUUUAUAGGCUAUGCUGACAGCGACUACAAAUUCGCUUGUCAUACGUUGCGAGCGUUCGUCGAGGAUAAGUUACAAAUGACGUCAUACCUACGUGACCGUGACCUUCUGCCGAGCAUAGACAUGGCACGCGGGAUCGUUGACGCCAUCAACUCGAGCUGGCGAAUCGUGCUCGUCUUCAACAAAAAGUUUCUGCAGAACGACGACUGGAUGAUGUUCACCUUCAGAUCCGCCAUCUAUGCUCAGACGCCGGCCAACCCGAACAGAGUUGUCGUUCUUGUGGACGAGAAUCACGCGUAUGAUCUGCCAACGGAGCUGCUGAAUGCUGUGGUCGAGGACAACAUUGUGGUGGUCCGCCACUGGGGGCUGACGUAUGAGCUCAGGGAAAAACUCAGGACACGCCUCUGCCCAACUAUCGCCGGACAAACAACAAUGAUAAUUAUUGUAUGGUUACUGAUAUGUUUAAAUUGUUUUCAACCGACUACCUUGGUUACUGUUAUGACCACUGACCUCGGUAGACACGUGUUGCAGACCUCGCCUUGCUCUGUGACGUCAGUCCACAAUGACGUCACGGUAGACUGCACCAGUCGAGGCAUCCAACAGAUAAAUCCGUCAUGGUUCCCGACGAACGCGACGAAAAUUUUCCUGGACUUCAACAAGCUAACAGCAGUUGAAGAUUUCACUUUUAAGGAAGUUCCACGUCUGCUGGUCUUAAGUCUAGCAUCCAACAGCAUCACAACACUUAAGGUCAACGCCUUUAACGGACUUGAGAAUCUGCAAGUUCUAAAUUUAGAAUCCAACAGAAUUGAUAUAUCUAAUGGAAACUCUUUUCCCAAGCUGGUUCUUCAUGGUUUGAAAAAUUUGACAGAGCUUAGGCUAAAACAGGGCUUACAAAUAACAAGCGGAGAAUAUCCGGUGAAGUAUUUUACUUGUCAAGAUUCAUUGACAACCCUGUCUAUUGACACUGUUAGUGUGAAUUUGGAGUUUGGUUCUGAAUUUUUAAAUUUCACACGUUUGACAAAGUUAGAUAUUUCCGGAGCUGUGAGAAGCAUCACGAAUUCAAGUUUUGAGAAUUUCCACAAUUUGACAGAAUUAUGCUUGGAUAGUUUUAUGGACAUUACAUCGAUCGAUCCUGGUGCCUUUAAGCCACUAGAAAAUCUGAAAGUGCUGCACGUAAAAUUUGUUCCUUACGGAGUCAGGAAGAUCUUAAAUCUUUUUUGGCCUUUCAGAGGACGUAAUAUGACUUCGAUACUACUGAAACUAAUACAAUACAGCAUCACCACCACCGACGGCAGCCUGCUCAGAAACGACAGCUUCUUGUACGCUGUUACAACGCGACACCUGACUAGUAUCUGUCUGCAGAACUUCUCGUUCAUCAACAAUCAAAUUUAUGUUUUUCUUGACGAUUCAAUUGAGGACUGGUUUGACUACGUGCCAAAGCUGGAAACUUUGGUGCUGUUUAACUGCGAGCUUGAUGGUAGUUUUAUGGCCAAGAAAUCUGGGAGGUUGUUCUCUCGGCUAAAUUCUCUUAUGAGGCUGGACUUGUCCUCCAAUUCGUUAACAAUACUGGCAGAAGAUCUGUUCGCCAACAAUACCCAGAUACAGAUGAUGUUUGGGGGAUUUAAGUAUCAAACUGCAGCCGACUAUAAGAUUGGUAUCUUUAUAGGCUAUGCUGACAGCGACUACAAAUUCGCUUGUCAUACGCUGCGAGCGUUCGUCGAGGAUAAUUUACGAAUGACGUCAUACCUACGUGACCGUGACCUUCUGCCGAGCAUCGACAUGGCACGCGGGAUCGUUGACGCCAUCAACUCGAGCUGGCGAAUCGUGCUCGUCUUCAACAAAAAGUUUCUUCAGAACGACGACUGGAUGAUGUUCACCUUCAGAUCCGCCAUCUAUGCUCAGACGCCGGCCAACCCGAACAGAGUUGUCGUUCUUGUGGACGAGAAUCACGCGUAUGAUCUGCCCACGGAGCUGCUGAACGCUGUGGUCGAGGACAACAUUGUGGUGGUCCGCCACUGGGGCCUGACGUAUGAGCUCAGGGAAAAACUCAGGACACGCCUCUGCUCAGUCUAA